AUUUUAAAAAAUCUUUUCUCUUUCUUUUAGUAUUGUACUUACAGUCUACACAGUAACAAUGCCUACUAGAUUAACUAAGACCAGAAAGCACAGAGGACACGUUUCUGCCGGUAAGGGUAGAAUUGGUAAGCACAGAAAGCACCCGGGUGGUAGAGGUAUGGCCGGUGGUCAACACCACCACAGAACCAACUUGGAUAAAUACCAUCCAGGUUACUUCGGUAAGGUCGGUAUGAGAUACUUCCACAAGCAAAACGCUCACUUCUGGAGACCAGAAAUCAACUUGGACAAAUUAUGGACUUUAGUUGACGAAGAAAAGAGAGACGAAUACUUGAAGUCUGCCUCUGCUUCCGCUGCCCCAGUCAUUGACACCUUAGCUCACGGUUACGGUAAGGUUUUAGGUAAGGGUAGAUUACCACAAGUUCCAGUCAUUGUCAAGGCCAGAUUUGUUUCUAAGUUAGCUGAAGAAAAAAUUAGAGCUGUUGGUGGUGUUGUUGAAUUAGUUGCUUAAACUUUUUAAGAAAUAGUCUACAUUUCUUUGUAUAUUUAAAAAAUAAUCAUAAUUCAGUUUUAAUUGAGGGUUUAAACAUAAUCAUAACAUACCAAUACAUGACUUCAUUCACGUUAUAAAUCAGUUUGUACAGUAUUCGAAUUUUAUGUCAAAUCGAGCUUUUGAUGUCAAUUUUCGGCUCUCUCUAUCUCAGACUUGUUUAUUCUAUUUUGGCUUAGUUUGCUCUCUGUUUUCUUAGUCUUGUAAACUUUUAUUUAUUUUGCAAAAAUGACCAGAACCAAAUCACCACAUAGGUAAUAUCACUUUUGGUUCCAUUGGAGAAGCAGUUUAAUAAGAGCCUUGGUAAAUGCAGCCAGAUUAGUAUUGUUGUUAUGUAUAUCCUGCAUACAAAUUUUUAUUAUUAUUUUAUUGCAAACUCAUCAUUGCACAGAUCCAGAUCAAAUCAAAACAAGCUUGUGUCCACCACUACAAAAAUUUCUCACUUGUGUUCAUGAUUAGUAGGUUUAGACCAUUAACAACACUCCGUCCAUUCCAUAGAUAUAAUUUACAAUAUACCUCCUUGCAUUCAAUCCACUUUUCUACCUCAUCUGAACUCAUGACCUCAACCAAAGAUUUAUCUGUCAAUGUUUGGCAACCUCAAGAUGCUGUUCCACCACACGUCAAAGAGUUGUUAACUCCAGGAGGCAAACCCAUCAACUAUAUCCUUGCAUUCAUACAAAUCCUCAGAUUGUUAAAGACCCAAAAGCGUACUGGGUGGAUCGCCUGUGGUGUUCCCGCCUUUGACACCGAAUCUAUUGCUGACCACAUGUAUCGAAUGUCCAUCAUUUCCAUGCUUGUUCCUCAUGUCAACACUGACAAAUGUGUCAAGAUCGCCGUGGUACAUGACAUCGCUGAGACUCUUGUUGGUGACAUCACUCCAUUCUGUGGGAUUUCCAAAGAGGAAAAACAUCGUCGUGAGUUAGCCACUAUUGAAUUCCUCUCGGAGAUAAUUAAACCAUAUAACGAACCAUUCUCGUACGAAAUCAAGGAAUUAUGGUUGGAUUACGAAGAAAUAAGGACCCCUGAAGCUAGAUAUGUUAAAGACAUAGAUAAGUAUGAAAUGAUCGAAACUGCCUGGGAAUACGAACAACAGUUUGGGUUGACUUAUGACUUGAGCCAAUUCUAUACUGCUCGUGCUGCCAUCAAGACUCCGGAAAUUCUGGAAUUAUGUGAUGAAGUGAUUAGAAGAAGAAAUGAACUUGUUAAGAAGCUCGAAAAGGAAAAUUAAUAGAUUAACCCUGUGUAUAUUAGUAGUGUUUGAUUAUGUACAAUUUCUAAUAUUCUCCGUACAAAGUCUAGUGUAAGUGGGAUA